ACGCCCAUUUCUUGAUAAAACGAAACUUUAGUUAAACGCGGAAUUGAAAGCACGUUCUCAACGUGAGCUCUCAGCAGUUUUCUCUGAGACAGCAGGAGGGGAGAUUAGUGGCUGGACCGAUGGGCUGGACACAACAGAACAGAACUAGAGAAGAGAAGCAGAUCCGUUCGGUUCUGAAUCUCUAAAGCCUGAAGAUGAAGUGCUCAUUCUGUAACCACAAUAUUGUGGAGAAAGAAGCCAAUUUUUGUAGCAACUGUGGCUCCAAACUUUCUGCUGCACCUGCAAACACACAAGAUGCAGAAAAUCAUCCAAAGUCUUUGAUGGCAGACUUGGAAAUCAGAAUGGAGGAAUCAGGGUCUCCUAAAAAUGCCCAGCCUCCAGAUAAGCAAGAUUUAAAUACAUCUCCCAAACGACAAAAUUAUGAACAACUCAAUCCAAAGAAAAAGAAAAAGAAGAGGAAGAAGUGCAAAAAGAAGAAAGACGGUGUCUCUUCAGAUCAGGAUCAAAGCCAGUCAGAGCUGUCAUUUGGUUCUCUAGAAGACAACCAGAAGACAGAAGACGCAGGACACUAUUCUGACAGUGACAGCUCUAAUGUUAAAAUGGAGGAUGCAUUAGAGUCACUCCAAGAUGAGUUCUCCUCUCUGGAAAGACAGCCACAUUCAUUGACCGAUAACGUUGCUGCUGCUGAAAACACUCCGGUCACACAGAGCGAAAAACCUGCAGUUGGUUCCAAUACAGCAGGUCGUUCUGAGGAAACUUCAGUUAAAGCUAAAGGUGGAGAGAGAGGUGCACAGACGUCAGCACAGAAUCAAACUCUUCCCUCUGCAACAGCUCAACGUCCCACCUCAGAGAACAAGAACUCGGGUUCAGAUGAGGGAACACAGACUGGUGAUGCAAAAGUUCAGAUGACUGGCAAAGACGUCUCAAGAAACAAGAAAGAAUCUGAUCUUACAACGCCGUCUACUCUGGAUCAGAAUGCUAAUUUAGACCAACAUGCCAAACAGGCUGUAGAAGCCAAAGAGAAAGGAAAAAAUCAGGCUAAGAGGCAGAAAGAAAAUGUUCAGGAUGAUCUGAAAAAGAAAGAAAAGGUUCAGAGUGAGCAGAAAAACAAAGAGAAGAACCAGGAGAAUCAGAAGAAAAAAGAAAGUGACCAGGAUGGUCAGAAAAAGAAGGAAAGGGUUCAGGAUGAUAAGAAACAAAUAAAAAUAGAUCAACAGGACCAGAAACGGAUGCAGAGUUCAACACCACCAAUGGCUUCCAGCUCCAGUGUGGACCCAGAGGACAUGGAGGUUGCUGGGUCUGGGGAUGGGGAUGAGGAUGGGUCUGGGGAUGGGGAUGGGUCUGGGGAUGAGGAUGGGCAGCGCAAAACUUCAGAUGGUGACAAAGAACACAACAAAGGCACAAAAUCCAACACACAAACACCACUGCCCAAAAGGUUGACUCCACCCAAGAAUAUUUCUACAUGUGAAAGACUCACAAUCUUCUUCCAUGCAAUUCUCUCAAAAGACUUUAAGUUUGAUCUAGAAGAAGAUUCAAUCUUCAUCCAGGCUGGGCCUCCGAUUGGGAAGUGGGAGGAGAUAGUAGCUGACCUGCAUGUGAUCAGAGAUCUUGGAGACCACGGGUUUCUGGUUGGCGGCCAAUUCACAACAAGCAAAUCUUUAAUUUUGUCUCAGUCGGUUCCAUACAAAUACGUCAUCUAUAAGAAAAAAAAGAAGACAUAUGAGUACGAGUACAUAUACAAGAUGGAUUCUUCAAAGGGCAUUACCAACAGGUGUUUGUUCGUGAGCCCUCGAUUCAUCCCUGAUGAUGGGGACUGGCAUCAAUAUGAUGACAUUAUCUGUGCUGGGCCAUCAAAGAACAUGCUACAGCGGGUCAAGGAAAAGUUGUGGCCUGACCAACGUAAAAGUCUAAUUCAAGGCAGAGAGAUUGCAGGACGUGUAAUGCUGGAGACCAUAUUUCAGCUCCUCAGUAGCUGGAGUGAAACCAACUUAAGAAGUUUUCAAAUCCAGCUAAGUCAGUUCUUCCAGGUUUAUGGGAACCCUUUUGUGUUUGAAGAGACGGGAAAGAAAUGGAGCACUCUGCAGUUCGGAGAAGAUGAUGUGAGGAGGAUGCUGAAAGACUUCGUGUUGCAAAACAUCAUUCCUCAGUUGAGAGAUGGAGUUGCAUCAAAUGUGUACAUUCAGGACCAUUUGAGGGCAGCUGUUGUCGUGCUUUACAUCUGCAGACAGUUUCAAAUCAAACUUGAAAAUCGUGAGCUCAACUGCCUUUGUGGUGCUCUGUGUUUGCCUAAACUAGAGAAAGACAGAUUCCUUCAGUACUGGGCACAUUUUUCUCAGGAUGUCUCAGUAUUCACAAAUUUGCCAAAAUAUUUGGUAGAUCUGAUAAAAAGUGUGAAAAUGGGGGGAAUGCCUCGCUGGAUUAUGGUACUACCACUCCUCCACCUUCUCAACGGCCCAGCUAAGCCCUUUGAAGUAAAAACCUCUGGAAACUUUAAGUAUGGUCUUUCUUGGGCCGGUCUGCAAGGCCUUGAUGUCGUCAACUCAACGAACAUGAACAGCCAAGAAAGGAGGGCACUUAUAAACGUGAUGAAGAACAAUACUCACUUAAUGAAGGUGGAUACACUCUCCAUUCGAUCCUGCUUGUACCUGAUGCCUCUUGAGGAACUGGUGGAGUGCUGCAAGAGCAUAAACCCAGAGCUUCUGGACAUGCUUUAUGCUUUCUAUAACAAAACUGUUGUGGAGAUCACUAGCACUAAUGCCCAGACAGUCACUGAGAUUCUCACUCAUAUCCAGGAGCAUCUCAUUGAAGAAAAAUACAGUCCCUCCACACAGACCUACAGAAAAGAGUGUCUUGCAACAGCAGUGCUACUGUUGGAGAAGAUCUGCAAAGGAGUGAAACCUUCAUCUUACACUCAAAACUUCCCUGAUAUUUCUGUGGCAGCGAUGAAUCUAGUGGCAUCAGUGUCAGACUUUUUUCACUCCCACAAGGAACAGGAGGAGCAAGCAGAAGACAAAGAUGCAAAAGACUUGGUGAUGUCGCGAGCGAUGGGAAUAAUGAGAGACUGGAUGACUCGGUCCUUCAGACAGAGUUUGCUCGAUCGCGGUUCUUUUUAUCGAGCUAAAACCACAGAAAUGGAGAUAUGGAACAACAUAAUCUCCAUUUGCUUCAAAGAUGAAGAUUACACAAAAGAAUGGAGGCAAAUAUUCACCUUGGAUUUCGAGGGAAGGUAUAAACAGGAAUCUGCUCUUGACCAAAUUCAGUUCUACUGCACAUACAUUGAAGAGCUGAGGGGUUCCCAUCCACAUGUUGCUGCCAGCAUUGAGAAAUGUGCUCUUGAAGCCGUUACGUCCUUGUGCCAGAGCAGGUCUGAAGGCAAACUUUUGGAGAGGUUAAAGAUAAACUGGAAGUUUGGGAAUCUCAUCUCUGCCAUCAUUCAAAAGUCCUGGCCAAGGGACCAUCAUGGAAACUACCAGGAAGAUGAAGAACUGGUUCUUAAACAUCUUCUCUCCUGGACAGCUGCCAAGGACAUUUUCCACCUGCACGAUGCAGACCAAAGGCUGAUUGAGAACCUCACACAGGAUGCCAGGGAUCAACUUGCCAAAGCCUUAUCAUUUUUUACAGCCAUGACCGAUCAGCUGAUCCAGGGGAACAUGAAGCUCAACCUGCUCAACAUCACCCUGGAGUGCAAAGAGGCCUUUUUAGAACUACUGAAGAUAGACUGUCUGUGUGAAAAAGAACAAUACAAGAAUACUGAAGUAAUGAGGACACUGCUGCAGUACAGAGAGAGAGAAAAGAAAGCUGUGUACCGGGAAAAAGAGCUUGUUGAUGUCCUCUUAACAAUGAGCCACAAACUUGAAGAACACAUGGCAGUUGAUGUUGCUGACCUGGAGACCAAAUCACAAGUUAACAUUGAGAUGAUGCCCUUGGAUCAUUUUAUGGAGGUUAAUCAAUUAGAUCAACAUGCUGUUGACCCAAUGUCUGGUAUUGUGACCUACUUCGACCUCGAUGAAGACGAUAGAGAGAUGGCAAUGUUUCUUUUGACCUUCAAAGAUAGCUACAUUUUUGGAGUGUGUUGGGAGGAGUUCGCCAAACUCUUAAGUGAGGAGGAUUACGAAGAUGAGUCUGAUGAGGUUCAAACGACACUAGACAUUAUCUACAGUGCCAUUUACCUGGAGUGUUUGAACAAAUAUAAAUGGAUCUACACAAGUUUGAAGGAAGGCAGCAUCAGAAUUAAAGAAAUAAACCAGCUUUUCAGUGUGUUUAAAGAAAAGUACGACAAGCUCACCGAGGAACUGAACAUCAUGUGUAAACUUGAGAAGUCAGCUGACAAACAGUGGAUCAACAACCGGGUCGAGCAGGUCAAACAGUAUCAUGAGCUUCACUUGGCUGUGGACUCCGCUCGAGUCAUCAUGAGGGUCAAAGAGACACUCGGUCUUCAAGGGGACUUCAGGAUUUUGGAGACACUUUUGAAUGUUAUUCAUGCAGACUUUGAAAAAGAGCCUCUUAGUCGGAUUGACAAUGACUUGAUGCAGGCCAAGAUGGUUCUGGUUGACAUUACAGAAUCCCGCAGACAGUGUCUGGAUGAGCUAGGACACAGAGGGCUCUUUGUAAGAUGGGUGAAGGAUGCCCUUGAAGACAUAAAUGAGUUGAAGGUAUUUGUUGACUUGGCUUCCAUUUCUGCUGGGGAGAAUGACAUGGAUGUGGAUCGGGUCGCUUGCUUCCAUGAUGCGGUCCUCGGCUAUUCUUCGGUUCUUUAUGACCUCAAACCAGAAUCUGGUUUUCAUGCCUUCAGACAUGUGCUCAGCAAGCUCUGGGGAGCUUUGGAGAAUGACUGCAACCUACCAAAAAAACUUCGUGACAGUGCACGUCAUCUGGAGUGGUUGAAGACUGUGAAGGACAGCCAUGGGUCUGUGGAGCUUUCAUCUCUCUCGUUGGCAUCGACCAUCAACAACAAGGGUGUCUACCUAAUCAGUGCACAACAUGUAAAACAGCUUACUCUCAAAAGCGCUCUGAAGCUUCAGAUUCCAGAGGAACAUGAUGAGGGUCGGCAGAUGCGCUGCUACUCUCUUGAUGACUUGAGGGAGCUGCAAAACAAACUCAUGCUCAUGUCUGGAAAAGGAGACCAAGGCCAAAAAGAAGUUGAUCAUUUUGUUGAGGUAUUUGCCAAUGUUCAGAGACUGUCCGAGGCCUUCAUUGCACUUUACACUGCUGGAAAUCCUCUGUUCAGAUACUUGGAAGUGCAAAUAAAUUGUUCUUCCCAUAGCGACGAACCCAGCAUUGUGAUGGACUUUAAUUUGAGCAGCGUUCUCAGUGUAAUUGUGGAGGGCAGCUUAGAAGAGCAACUUCCUGAACUUUGCAAAAAAAUGGAGAAAUGUCUGCAUUUCUGGAUGGACUUCGUAAAAAAACAGAGAUCCCAGCAUUACUUUUUGAACUACUACACUGCUGAGCAGAUUGUCUAUCUGUGUAGCAAGUUGACUCAAGAAAACAUAACCAAUGUAGAGGACCAAGUUUUCAUGAUGCUGUCAUUCAUUAAGGCAAACUGCACAUGUCAAGAUUUGAGACAUGUCUGGCAUGAGCUUCAAUAUGUUCUCCUUACCAAAUCACAGGAGCAGAAUGAGGACAUUGAGCUUCAGACUUUUGUUGUGCUGCCAGGAAUUGAUCAGGAAGGCCUAGACAUCCCUGGAGAAUCCGACCUUUUUCCAAGCAUGGUGGAAAAUGCAACAGGGUUAAAAGCCUUUGAUCAGAUUUGGAAUGCCUAUAUGAAAGACAUGAAGAAUUUUCUCCCAAACUUGCUUGAUAUGAAAAAUCUUGGCAGACUCUUAGAAAUUCUGUCCAACAUUGAUGACAAGAAUGAAGAUGAUGACAGUGAAGAAGACAUUUCCGAUAACUUUGGAAAGUUCAUAAAUAGGCAACUACCAAACGGUCUGACCCUUGGAAAACCAAACCUCAUUGUCUGUCCACAUGACGAUAUCUUGACAUCUUGCAUCUCCAUUUACAUGAACAGUGAGGAUGAGGUUCUACCAACCUACGACGAAGUUCUUUUGUGUAACCCUUCUACUCCUUAUGAACAAGUUGAGUUAUUCCUCAGGCGUUGUCUUACCACAGGCUACAGGGGUCAGAAGAUCUACACUUUAGUAUAUGGAGAUCUCCUCACAUAUGAUGUGAGCUCAAAAGUUGAGAUCUUUUUUCAGCAAAUGAAAAUGCAAAGUAGGAAAGACUACAAACUUGUCAUCAUUUGCAGCUCUGAAAGUGAGCAUGCCUACCUUCCAUCUGCUUUUAGCCAGUACAGGGUGCACAUGAUUCCCCUGGAGCCCUUAACAAGAGUUCAAAGGUACCUCCAGAAACACUACACUGUCCCUGAAGACCAAUGCAGUGCUGCAUCUUCAUUUAAAGACAGACUCUGUGUUGGUGUUGUUUCAUCAAAAAGGGCUGGAGUUGGUAAAUCGCUUUACAUCAAAAGGCUUUAUGAGAAACUGAAGCACUCCACUAAAAAACCAACAAUGAUGAAAUGCAUUCGCUUGAUUGAACCCAAAAUUGAUGAGAUGAUCGUCUUUGAAUCACUGUUUCACACCCCCAAAAAGAAGGAACUCGCUGUCUUCCACUUUGAUGUCACGUCGUCGGUGCAGAAAGGUCUUGAUGAGUUCCUUUUCAAGUUGUUGAUUUUGCGCUAUUUGAUGGACUCCAAGGGAAAGAUUUGGAGGUGCAAUGACAAACAUCUCUAUGUUGUGGAGAUUUUGGAGCCCACUGUCAAGUCAGCUAGAAGCACAGCUCGAGAGGCGCAGACAGUGAUCAACACAUUUAUAGAUGUGUUUCCAAAUGUAUUCUGCCGACCACCUAAAGAUGUACUCAUGCUGGAAAUGAGAAAGCAGGAGAAUCCAACCAUUGUGAACAGUGAAGACCCGCUGAUGGAUGAGAAAGAGUUCAGAAGUGAAGCCUUUCAAAGACCUUACCAGUACCUUACCCGGUUUCUUAACCACAUCGACCUAGAUCUAUUUACAUAUCGGGGUGUUGAGGGGUCACAUGUUGAGUGUCUUCAAAUGCUUCUCAUGUACUGUGGCAUGAUGGAUCCAUCUUGGGCAGAACUUCGGAAUUUCACUUGGUUCCUUAACAUUCAGUUAAAAGAUUGUGAGUCAUCAGUUUUCUGUGACGCCAGUUUUACAGGAGACACGCUCAGAGGAUUCAAAACUUUCGUGGUGGACUUCAUGAUUCUAAUGGCAAAGGACUUUGCUACUCCAUCACUCAGCAUCUCUGACCAGAGUCCUGGCAGAUCACAAGUUAAUCUGGCAGAUGUCCGGGAUGAAGACCUGGCUCCAUUUCUCAUCAGAAAAAAAUGGGAAACAGAACCACAUCCAUACAUCUUCUUUAAUGACGAUCAUGUUUCCAUGACCUUUAUUGGUUUUCAUCUUCAGCUCAAUAACCAAAACUAUGUUGAUGCUAUUGACCCAACCUCUAAAAAGGUAAUUAAGAAGAAUGUCAUGACAAAAGAACUGUAUGAUGGUCUGCUGCUACAAAGAGUCCCUUUCAAUGUUGAUUUUGACAGCCUUCCAAGAGGGGAGAAAAUAGAGAGAGUCUGCAAUGUUCUUGGUAUCCAGUGGCCACUCGAUCCUGAUGAGACAUAUGAACUUACAACUGACAAUAUUCUGAAGAUGCUAGCAAUCCACAUGCGGUUCCGGUGUGGCAUCCCUGUGAUUGUCAUGGGAGAAACAGGGUGCGGAAAGACUAGGCUCAUCAAGUUCCUUUGUGAAUUACGAAGGUGUGGAGUAGCAACUGAAAACAUGAAACUGGUGAAGGUGCAUGGAGGAACAACUUCAGCGAUGAUCUACUCUAAAGUCAGGGAAGCAGAAAACAUUGCUUCUAUAAACAAACAAGACUAUGGAUUUGAUUCUGUUCUCUUCUUUGAUGAGGCCAACACUACAGAGGCCAUCAGCAGUAUCAAGGAGGUACUCUGUGACAAGACAGUGGAGGGAGAAAGUUUGACACCCUGCUUAGGAUUGCAGAUUGUUGCUGCAUGCAACCCUUACCGAAAGCAUACAGAUGAAAUGAUUCAAAGGUUAGAAUCUGCAGGCCUUGGUUACAGUGUUCGAGCAGAAGAGACAGAUGAAAAACUGGGGUCCAUCCCUCUUCGCCAGCUUGUGUAUCGAGUCCAGGCGUUGCCACCCAGCAUGAUUCCUUUGGUGUGGGACUUUGGACAAUUAAACGAUUGCACAGAAAAAAUAUACAUACAGCAGAUUAUACAGAGAGUAGUUGAAAAGAAAAACAUUGCUGAAACUUACAUCAAGGUUAUCACAAAUGUCCUUUCAGCCUCACAGAAGUACAUGCGGGAAAGAAACGAUGAGUGCAGCUUUGUCAGCCUUAGAGAUGUGGAGCGCUGCAUGCAGGCCUUUGUUUGGUUUCAUGACCACCAUGAAAUUUUCUUUUCAGAGCUUCAGAAAUUUGAGCAAAAUCAAAUGUAUGAAGGAAAUGAAGGGCAUCACGGACGGACCGAGAUCAGAGACGCUGUUCUCUGGUCUCUAGUCAUGUCAAUAGGAGUGUGCUACCAUGCUUGUCUUGAAGAUAAGGACAAGUACAGACUCAAAAUCAGCAAGCAAUUACCACCAUCAUACACCUCAGUAAAGUUAAUGCAGGAAAUUUCACUCAUGCAGAAUUUUAUCUUGAGUGGUGUCCCUAUGGGUCAAACAAUCGCAAGAAACAAUGCUCUCAAAGAGAAUGUCUUCAUGAUGGUUCUAUGCAUUGAGUUAAGAAUUCCACUCUUCCUUGUUGGAAAACCUGGGAGCUCAAAGUCUCUGUCUAAAACUUUAGUGGCUGAUGCAAUGCAAGGCCAAGCUGCUCAUUCUGACCUCUACAAAAAGCUCAAACAAAUCCAUUUGGUGUCCUUCCAGUGUAGCCCUCACUCAACACCAGAAGGCAUCAUAAAUACAUUCAAGCAAUGUGGGCGCUUUCAGGAAGGAAAAAACCUGAAUGAGUACAUUUCAGUUGUGGUUCUUGAUGAGAUUGGGCUGGCUGAGGACUCUCCAAAGAUGCCACUGAAAACCCUUCACCCAUUGUUGGAGGAGGGAUGCAUUGAGGAUGAGCCACUACCACACAAAAAGGUUGGAUUCAUUGGGAUCUCCAACUGGGCUCUGGACCCAGCAAAGAUGAACCGAGGCAUUUUUGUCUCCCGCGGUGAUCCUGAUGAAAAGGAACUCAUUAAGAGUGCUAAAGGCAUAUGUUCAUCUGAUUUAAUGGUUCUGGAGAAGGUCAGAGAUCUUUUCAAGCCAUUUGCAAGGUCUUACUUGAACAUCUGCAAGAAACAAGGAAAAGGUUUCUUUGGCCUACGUGACUAUUACAGCUUAAUUAAGAUGAUCUUUGCUGUGGCCAAGACCUCUCAACAAAAACCCACACCAGAAGAGAUUGUGAAGGCUGUGUUAAGAAAUUUCAGUGGUAAGGAUAAUGUCAAUGCAGUUUCAGUCUUUACUCAAAGACUGCAGAUUACACCAAACCUGGAGAACAUCAGCACCAUUGAUUUUGUGAAAGAAAACCUUCAAGCAGUUGGACAAGAGGAAGAGUGCCGAUACCUCCUUGUGCUAACAAAAAACUAUGCAGCCCUAAAGAUCCUACAGCAAACCUUCUUUUCAGAAAGGGGACAACCAGAAAUACUCUUUGGCUCUAGCUUCCCAAAAGACCAAGAGUACACCCAAAUCUGUCGCAACAUCAACAGAGUAAAGAUAUGCAUGGAGACAGGUCAAACAGUUGUGCUUCUAAACUUGCAGAAUCUCUACGAAAGCCUCUACGAUGCCCUCAAUCAAUACUAUGUAUGCUUGGGAGGACAGAAGUAUGUGGAUCUUGGACUGGGAACCCAUCGUGUGAAAUGCAGAGUGCACAAAGACUUCCGGCUCAUUGUCAUUGAAGAAAGAGAGGUGGUCUACAAGCAAUUUCCAAUACCUCUGAUCAACAGAUUGGAAAAACACUACCUAGACAUCCAUACUGUUCUAAAAACUGAGCAGAAGAAGUUGGUGGAAGAUUUGGAGGAAUGGGCAAAGCUUUUUGGAUCUCUCAGUAAUCAACAUGCAACAGGAACUCAGGCACACAAAUAUCAUCUCCCAGAUGUCUUUAUUGGCUACCACUCAGACACCUGUGCUUCAGUAGUUCUUCAAGUAACCGAGGAGCAGAAGGACUGUUUGGGGGUAUCAGAAUCUAACAGGAGAUUGCUUGAUGAGGCUAAGCUCGUACUUCUUAAAUGUGCUACGCCGGACUCGGUUGUUCGGUUGGAUGGCACGGGCCUGCCUAAUGUGGAGAGUAAACAUCUAGCCAUGGUGUACUUUGAAGAACAGAACAACAGCUGUUUAGCUGACUACAUACUUGCUCAUACAAAGCAGGAAUCCCAUUGUGCCUCCUUCAUCACAGAGGUAACAACGUUCUCCAGACUUUUGACUGCGUUUGACAUGGAACACCUGGGGCAAACAUUCCAUAGCGUUGAGCUUCUCUCACUCCAGCAGUUCGACACAGAGCACUCGUUCCUGAAGAAGAUCAGGAGUUUCCUCACAGCUGAAAAUAGAAGAAGUGAAACUGAAUUGUGCAACAAAAUUCUCAUCAUUCAAUCUGAUUUUGAUGAAGCCUCUCACAGUAGCAAUCUCAUUGCAUCUGCCAAGUACUCUUCAAUAAAUGAAAUCAACAAGAUAACACAGGUGAGCACAGGAAGCAGGGUGUUUGUCUACUUUAUCACACGGCUGCCAAGAAUGGAAGGAGGCUCUUCUUACAUUGGUUUUCAUGGAGGUCCCUGGAAAUCCGUUCAUAUUGAUGACCUCAGACGCUCAAAAGACAUUAUUUCAGAUAUCAAGACCUUGCAGAACACGACAAUCAGUCAGAUGUUUGAAAUACAGGAAACUCCACCUGAAGCAAUGGAAGUGGAUGACAUUUACACUGAGACUGCGGAAGAGAAGGGUUUGGAUAAUGUGGUGGACACCACAUCGCUGCUGCGGAGCUGCGUCCAAAGUGCAGUGAGCAUGCUCAGUGACCAUGUGAAAUGUGGCUUCCGCAGCACUCGAAGAGUUGAAAUUCUUUUGACCCUUCUGAAUGACGAAAAUGAAAUUCAAGGCGAAUUUCUGCGAAUGUUAAAGAAACGUCUUCAUUCACUGUUGGUGAUCCAUGAUGGCAACACACUGUCCUCCAUCAAGAGCAACUGGGUCCUCAAAGAGGCAUCAAAUAUUGAUGCCUUGCAAGAAGGAGGCACCUUCAGACAAACCCUGUGGAAGCGUGUUCAGGCAGUGAUUGUCCCCCUCCUGGCACAGUUAGUAUCAAUCAUUGACCGUGACCAGAACAUGGACUUGCUGCUUGAUGCAAACUGCUGUGAGUCUGUGAAGAGACUGUGGUUGGACAUAUUUAGCAAUGAAAAACUUCUGGAAAUUUCACACCUAAAAAUGGACCACAGGUCUGAAACCAGAACCAUCCUUGUGCAGAACUACGUUGCUCAGGACAGGAACAUGCACUGCAGCAUGCCCUUCAGCUGGAGGAUCAAAGAUUGUAUAGAGGAACUUUGUGUUCACACUCUUCAAAAUGAAGGACACACUCCUCAGAAGCUUGUCCAGUUGUUUUGGAAAACCCCUCUGGGGCGUUACAUGGCAAAAGCAAAUCCAGAGACACAGAUGGAGUUUUACCAUCGCUACCUUCAAGACUUUGUCUCCAUGUCCAUAAACAUCACCUGUCAAGAAGAUUUACAGCUCCUUUGUGGUGCGUUGAACUGUAGUGUCACUGAGCUGCGGCUGCAGUUAAAUGACAAUGAAACAGUGGCUGCUCUCCCAUGGGUCCAUGUUGCGUAUCAAAAGUUCCGAAACCGCUUGCAGAACCUCUCAAGAAUUAUGUGCAUUGAACCCCAAGUGACCAAGGACCUAAUGGGGAAUCCACAAGCUGGAGACAAUGUUGAACUUGUGCUCGACGUCUAUGCUGCUUUUGCAUGUUUGGAGCACCUGGAGCCCAGAGUUUUGGACACUCAUACUCAAAGACAAGUUUGGCUCAGGCAGGUGAAAAAACUCCAGGUUCCCAUUGAGUUGAUCUGUUCAGAAGACACCGUGAGACAUUAUGGAGAGAGAAGCAAGGCGUUCGUCGCCAGAGUCCAAUCUGGAUGGAAUCGAAUCUUUUCUCUCUCUCUGUUUGUGGAGCACAUCUUGUUGAGAAUCGAGGAGUUGGACGCAAAGUUGACGCCGUUGGUUCUGGAAACCACUCGCCAACUUGGACGGAUACUUGAAAAUAACUCUGACCUCAAAAGCCAGCAGCCAUUUGAGGCAGUCAUUGUUUUGCUGAAGACCUGCAGAGAUAAAGCACAGGAACACAUUUUCAGGUUUGGUCUCAUUCUGUGUCCAGUCUGCAUGGGAGACCCCCAGGAUCCACUCUGCCUGCCUUGUGAACACAUCUACUGUGUUGCAUGUAUCAAAAUGUGGCUGGUCCCAGGUCAGAUGUACUGCCCGCUUUGCAUUCAGCCGGUUAAUGAUGACUUUCCCUUGGUUCCUUCAGACGAUACUAGGAUUCUUGUCAGCAAACACGCUCAGUUCAGGAAGCGUUGCAACGCCUUCUUCAUUGACCUGGUGUCGACUUUAUGCUUCAAGGACAACUCUCCACCGUGUUCGGCCAUCAUUCUUCAUCUGUUAUCUUUCCUCAUGGUUGAGGCACGCACAGUUCCCUUCCUCAAAGUUAAACAACAAAUGCUGACAAAAGUGUUGUCCCCCUUUGACGACUCCAUUGAUAAGAAUCCUGUGAUUCGCUCUGUGGUCCUCAAACUCCUGCUGAAGUACAGCUUUGAUGAUGUUAAAGAAUACCUGCAGCAGCAUCUGGUGGCUGUUGAGCAGAGUAACAUCUUAGAAGAGACGGACAAAACGGAACUUUACUGCAUGUACAUCAACUGUCUGGAGGACUCCAUGUUUGAGAGAUUGCAUUUUAGGUCUGUUGCAGAUCAGCAAGCAUUUUUGCAGGAUGAAGGCGUCUUCCUGACUGACUACCUACAAUCACAUGGUCAGUCCACUCACAAGGGAACUGUGGAGUACCUGCAGCAGGUGGCCAGAGUGCGAAUGAAUCUGGAUGUAACUGCUAGCCUUAUCAUUGAAACACUGAGAAACACAGGCUGUCAGGAUGGUGUUCAGGGUGGAACCUCAUCCUUCCUGGACAACAUGGUAAACCUGUGCAGGCGGAGCGGGAAUGACUGGUAUCGUGUGUAUUUGAUCCGUAAGAUCUGCAGCCAACAUGGAGUGGAGUUUGUCAUGAAACUCCUCAAAGGGGAUCAGAUAUCUUGGCUUUUCCCUAAAGAAGUUCAGCAACAGGAUAAAGAAGUCACACCAAUAGAUCUGUAUCUUGUAUGCGGUGAAAAUUACAAAACUAUCAGAGAGGCUGUUGCAAAGGGAGUUAUGGAAGGCAAACUGGAAGGACUGGAUGAAGUCUGUGAGGGGUGCAGAUGUCUCCCACAACAGAAAACGGUUUACCUUCUGUUAGCGCUGUACAGAGAAAUCACCACUAUGUAUGGAAAAGCCAGUGAGAGCCUCCAUCUGAAGCCUGAGCAACUCCAAGCUCUGACAGCUUUCAUCCAGACAUCCAAAAUUCUCGCCAGCACUGAGGCAAAGGCCUUUGCCCAGGCUCUGGUGACCAACCAAAUGGGGCCGUUGGCUAACCGUCCUGGGGUCUCUGGGGCCGAAAGCGUGGGAGUGGAGUUAACAAUCCACCUUGCUGCUGUGCUGAUCUGUGGAAAUUAUGGCAUCUUAGCCCCUCUCCAGCAGCUAGCGAUGAAACCUGAAAACAUGCAGGCCUCCUUCCUACCCACCAUGCCAGAAGACAUGGUGGCAGUGGCUCAACAAGCUAUGGGUUCAUUGCAGUGGUACUGUUGUCCAAAUGGCCACCCUUGCACCAUUGGUGAGUGUGGCCAGCCCAUGGAGAGGAGUCGUUGUGUGGACUGUGGAGCUGAAAUUGGGGGGAACAACCACAGGGGUGUGGCUGGAUUUCAGAUUAUUCAAGUGCAAGGCGACCGCACUCAGAAAGGACACAUCCUUGGUGAUCCACGACGACGAGACCAUCCAGAUAUGUUAGACACAAAGAGCAUUUCUUCAGUUCCCUUUUGCUUUAUCCGAAUGCUCACUCACAUGGCGAUGCUUAUUGGUGCCUGUGAUCACAUGCAGUUGAUUUCUGCAAUCAUCAAACCUCACGUUGCUGACCCUGCUGCAUUUCUACUUGCUCACCUGAGAAAAGACUUAGAGCAUCUAAUCAGGUCUCUGGGUAAGGGGACUGAUGAUGCAAUAAGCACAGUCCAGCUGCUGAUCAGCAGCCUUCUGGAACCACCCCAGCAGCACAGCUGGCCUGUUCCUUAUGACAAUCUGCUCUCAACCAAAGAGAAUAGGAAUGGAUGGGAGAUGGAAAUGAGCAAUGCCGUAGUUACACCUCAGCUUAAGCACUUGGACAGACGGCUAAAGGAAGUGAACACCUUUAUCCAGACCGACACUCGCAUCUCCGCCAAUCCAGUCAUGAAGCUGGUGUUUGGUGAUCCUCGUCUCUUUUUGGCCUCAAUUCCCCAAAACUCUCUCAUCCAUUGUUCUGCUGUGUGGAGCUGCAGGGAAAAAGUGUCCCUGCUAAGCCUCACCCACAUUAUGGAGCAGAGUGAUGGCAAAGACACUGUGCCGGUGUUGUGGAGAUUUCUGCACAGGGAAGCCGAGGUCCGACUGGUGAAACACCUUCCUGACAUCCUAACUCUCCAGAAGAAUCUGGUGAAAAAGUUUCAGAACAUCACAGAGCUAACCUUCGACACCAUUGCUGAAUUUCUUCACAGUCAAAAAGCAGUUUCUAUCAAAACCUGGUAUGAGAAACGCAUCCGAAUCUUCCUGACUUCCUGGAAUCAGCUCAGGGUUUCCCUGGAAACCAAUGGUGAAAUUAAGAUCCCAGCUGAGUUCUGCAAGAAGAAUCUGGACUUCAGCAGUGAUUUUAAGGUCCUGUUGCCACAGCGACGAGGUGCAGGCCUGUGCUCAACAGCUCUUGUCAGCUACCUGAUUUCUCUGCACAAUGACCUGAUUUACUGUGUGGAUAAGUACACAGGAGAGGAUACCAGCUACAAAGUGAGCCCUGCAGACCUCACUGAUCUGCACGUGAUCCGUUAUGAGCUGGAGCGAGACGUGAUGCCCCUGGUUUUGUCCAACACCCAGUACAGCAUUGAGAGGGGCCAGCAGACUCUUCAUGAGUAUGAUUUUCACAAGAUCCAGCAGCAAAUCAUCUCUCACCUCCUGCUGGGCAAACCUCUUAUCACCCUCAACGGCAUUCCAACACUGGUUAACAGACAUGACCGCAACUAUGAGAUCAUCCUUAAAGAUGUUCAGGCAAAAGUCAAGCAAGAGCCCCUCCAGACUCUCAUCCUGUCCUCUGUGGCUGGAGAGCUGCUCGCCUUCAGCGAGGUGUGUGAGGCGCUGUCCACGCUGGAAGUGGCACUUGGCUUCCUCGCCAUGACCGGAGGGGAGCCCAGCAUGCAGCUGUCCAGCUACCUGGAGGGUGUGCUGCAGAUGGGAAACCAGAUGGCUCAGCAUAUCACCAAGGCCUUUAGCAUGUGUUGUCUGAAGCACUGUGUUGCUCUGUGGCAGCUGCUGGUCUCACUCAAAUCAGAAAACAUGCUGCGACUCAAGAGGGAUCCAUUUGUGGGCGUUUCAGAGAAGUACAUGCAGGCCCUGGGUGAGGAGGAGCAGCGGCUGCUGACUGGGUUCUUCUCCAAGAGCAGCGCCGACACCUUCCUGUUGGAGAUGCAUGAGUUCCUGGUGCUGGUCCUUAAAAAUCCUCAUGCUCCAGAUACCUACAAACCUGGCUGGAGCUUGAAAGACACGCUGGUGUCGUACAUUGAGAGAAAAGACUUGGACGUGCCCCCAGAAGUGGAGGAGCUCUUCCCGGAGAAGAUCUUCUUGUCACAUUAUGUUGAAGCCUGGAAGUUCAUUGUCGCCUUUAAGCAGGAACGUGGUCAGAGGCUGUGAAAACGGAAUCAAAUUCUGCCUUUUGAUUUUGUUAAACCUUUGUUUACAUUUACAUCCUGAAAUCACAGUAUCGAUAAGUAAUGUUUGCACAUCUUAACGAGUAAAAAUGUGCCUUUGUAGCACUAAUUAGUGACAAUCUUGGUGAAAAUGUGUCUGUGUGUGCAUGUUAGAGAUAUAAGAACUGUAAAUGUUGUUUAUGUCCCUUUUUAAAGUCUUCUUGGCUGCACUUUCCUUUGUUAUUGACAAUGUUAAAGGUUCUCAGGAAUAAAGUGGGCUGAAUCUUUGGGACAGAAACUUGAAAGUUAUCAAACUUUAAAGAGUUCCUAUUACACAUCUUGCUAUAGUUAUUUUUUCAUUGUCAUGCCUGUUUAUUGAACAUUUCCAUAUUUGUUGUGCUACAUUCCAAGUUUUCAUUGAUUCCAUUAAAUUUGAUAAUUUACAUAAAUCUUUUUGUCCAAAA